GUUGGUCUGGGCGGCGACAGGAGAGCUCCCGCUCGCAGCCCAGCGGCGGGCGGCGGAGUGCGGCGGAGCGCGGCGGGCGGCGGGGCAGGUGGGGCGCUUCCCCGGCGCGGCGGGCGGGGCGGGCGGGGCGCUGGGGCUGCAGACGCCGCGCUCCCUGCGCUCUCUCCCGGCUCCGCGUCGCGCGUCCGGCGGAGCUGGUGGCGGGCGCUCCGGCACGGGGACCCACUGGCAAGGCUGCCUCCGCCUCCGCCUCUAUAAGGAGCGCCGAGCCCGCCGCCGGGAGAGGUCGGCUGAACAAAGCUCGGACUCAAUUGUGCUUCCUGCUUGUCAGCCUCUUGCCUCCCAAAACGCGUACCAUUGCCACUUGAUGUCAUCCGACAGAAGGGGGUGAAAGGGACUCGGUGACAGAUUCAGACCAUGCGUGAAGAAUGUUCUAUUCCGAACCUUGUCUGGGAUAUUGGGAAUCUGGUUGGAAGACCCUCUGCUCAUCUGGUCUGUCUGCUAACUCAUCAGCCCCAGCUGUGCUGCAGAAAUGAACCCACCUGAGCAUGCUCGAUGCCAGUGAGCUCCCGGAUCACCGCACCACGUCAGGAAGCCUCAGAGCAGGCAGGUGCCGGAGCAGUGGCCUCUGAGAGCAAGCUUCUUCCCUGUGGCCUUGACCUCCCUGUUCCCCCGUCCAAGAUGGAGACGCUCUCCCAAGAUUCCUUGCUGGAGUGUCAGAUCUGUUUCAACUAUUACAGCCCCCGGCGAAGGCCCAAGUUACUGGACUGCAAGCACACCUGCUGCUCGGUGUGCCUUCAGCAGAUGAGGACGAGCCAGAAGGACGUGAGGUGCCCCUGGUGCCGAGGCAUCACCAAGCUGCCCCCGGGCUUCACCGUGUCCCAGCUCCCCGACGACCCCGAGGUCCUCGCCGUGAUCGCCAUCCCGCACGCCUCCGAGCACACCCCGGUCUUCAUCAAACUCCCCAGCAACGGGUGCUACAUGCUGCCCCUCCCCAUCCCCAAGGAGCGCGCGCUGCUGCCCGGAAGCAUGGGCUGCCGCCUGCUGCCCGGGAGCCAGCAGAAGCCGGUCACGGUGGUGACCAUUCCCGCGGAGCAGCAGCCUCUGCAAGGCGGGUCUCCCCCGGAGGCGGCGGAGGAGGAGCCCGACCGGCGGGGCGCGGUGAAGAGCUCCACCUGGUCCGGGGUGUGCACUGUGAUCCUGGUGGCCUGCGUCCUGGUCUUCCUGCUGGGCAUCGUGCUGCACAACAUGUCCUGCAUCUCCAAGCGCUUCACUGUGAUAUCCUGUGGCUGAAGCGGGCCGCGGGGCCGGGGCUGGCGGGCGCCACCUCGGGGUGGAGCAGGUGUUGAUGAUGGGACUCCGGUGAGAAGGUGGGGGCGACGCUGAUCCUUUGGUGCCGAGCGCUGGCCUCCGGGGCUGCCACUUGAUGAACCCGAGACGGACACGGAGGGGGCGAAAGGGGAGGUCUCGGCCAGAUGCCAGACGGGUCGUUCUGAGCAUAGAUGGCGGUGGCAGUAGCUUCGAAGACGAUUGCAUGCAUCCUCGUAGUCACUUAUUAAAUGGACUGUAACUUAAUGAUUUUUUUCCCCAAAGUCUCGUGGUGAGAUAGACCUAGUCUACUUAGAUGUCGAACUGUGCAAGUGCUUACGGUGUGAUCUUCUCUAAAUGUGGUAGAUGAAAACCAAGAUGCUAUGUGUGUACAAGUAGAAUCCAACCUGAGAAUGAAUCCAUGACCAGUGCAGUGAUGACUGGCAGUGCUGAUUUCUUUCCUUUGACAGAUGAAACCCAGUCUUCACUUAGUUGCUAAGGCUUUUUUUUUUAAUACUACAAUACAUGGCGCCUGAAUUAAGCCAAGUUAAGCGGACCGUCGCUUUUUGAAGAAACUAUUGGAACAAUGUUUCCAAUGUGUUGUGUUUUGUUUGUCGUGUUCCUUCAUUUUUCUUCCCUUGUAAUUAGAGCUCAAUGUUGUGUUUAUUAAGUGGAAAGCUCAACAGGGGAGCCAUAAACUGAGUAAUGAUGAGAAAUGCCUAAUCCCACAUGAAAACUAUAUGCCAAUUUUUCUCAAGCCAUUUCACAAAAUAAGAAUUUUCAAUGUAAAUAUUGUGUAUUUAUAUGUGUGUGUAAUUUGGUUUACCUCGGGUAUUGAAUCUUUUCAGAAGACUCUUGGUAGAGAGACUCAGUAGGCAUGAAUGAGUGCAGGGUCUGAAAUGGUGCCACCUACCUCCUGGGCACUGGGACCCACCCAGUGAGGAGUCACACACUCGUCACUUCCAACACCUGCUCCUCUUUUGUGCAGUCGACUUGUGAGGCACAAACAGAGAGUAACAGAACCUUCUGUCUUUUCUCCCAGUUUGGGGAUAUUAUAAUAGUCACAAGUGUUGUUAACCAGUGAUAAACCUGGACUGGCAUGUUAAUAGAUAGUCCACAGUUAUUUUUUGAAAGAGAUUAUUGUCCCAUGAGAGUUGAAUCAUUCUGAAUUCCAGUUUCCUUUUGUUGUAUAAAUAAGAGUAUCUCUUGUAUCUGGAAAUGUGUUUUUAUUGAGAAAAGUGGUGAGAUAAACCUACAACUCACAUUGUCAAUUUAAAUGGACCAGUUCAUCCUAAACUCUUAAGAGAGAUUUGCUAGAUGAAGUGACGAAUUCCUAUGCUGGGUGUGUGGCGUGUGGAAAUAGCUGUGAGCUUUACAGUCCUCAUCUAAUUUCUUUUAUGACAUUCCUGAAGCAAGUGAUACGUGACAAGGACUCCUCUCCUAAAUAUAUAUGUUUAUGUUCCAUUGAAUCCAUGAAAAUAGGGGAGAGGAAGAUUAGCAGUGACUGGUUCCAAAAAAAAGCAAAGCUGGAAAGAACCCUCCAAGAUGGAGACAGUUUAAUUUACUUAUAUGCUAACUAAGACCUUCAAGCAGCACAAAACAUGCACAUUAAAGGGGUGGAAAUUAGGAGAGAUAAAAUGACAAUAUAAUGAUUAGAAUCCAGAGCCAACACUGUUCAUUGAUGUGAGGAUUCAAUUAAAAAAAAAAAAUGAACUCGAGCUUUUCAAAUCUUUCAAAUUUUUUGUAAGACCCUUAGGAAAUGUAUUUGAAAGCUCAAACUAGAUAUUAGGUUAAAAUGCCAUUUUAUUGUGCAAGCCAUUGGGCAUUAUACAACAAAUCUAGGAUUUAUUUGGUAUUAAUAAUUUAGGUAUCAUAUUAGCUGAAUGCUAUCCUCUAUUAUGUAACAUAAUAUACUGUUGGGUUAGUGUCUAUUUCUCCAACUGAACCAGGCUGCUGUAAUGCACAUCUGACCCAAUUUCUAUUCCUUUUUUGGGGAAAUAACACACCAAAAAUACAGAAAUGUUGCAUUAAGAACACUACAUUUCAAAUGGACUUUACCCUUGCAAUUUUAAGCCAUGCCAUAUUCCAAUUAAUUUUGUAAGUGAUAUCUGCAUAUGUUUAUGUACAGUAAGAAAUGAUCAGCUGUGUAGUGUAGUAUUUGAUAGAUUUCUAUGUGUUAAGUAGGUUAUAUAUAGACUCUAAAUCUAAAGUAUGUGACAGUACAGCGCCCUGUGUUUCUUAGUGUAAAAAUAUUGAGUCAAGUUACCAUUCACAUAACUGUUACUUAAAAACAAUCCGAUGCUAGACUGCAAUGAAGCAGUGCAAAGUUAAUCAGCUCUGUGAUAGGAUCUUGACUUUACAACCUAGGAUAACAAUAACAACCCAAAGCAGAAUUUUCUGUGAGUCUUACUGACAAAAAAACAACACACUGUUUGAAUGAAUUCUGUCUACAGUUACUUGUGCACCUGUUUGUUAGGGUGUGUGUGUGUGUGUGUGUGUGUGUGUGUGUGUGUGUGUGAUGUCAGCCUGCCAAAUAGAAUGUUCAUAGACUUGAUGUUUUAAUGGUAUUUGACAUCCCAUUGCUCUGGCCUCUUCUGGCAUUAACCCAUAACACUACCCAUGUGACCAAAGUCCAGUGGCACAAUCAGCCACAAUCUACAGUUGCAUAUCAAUGAAAAAGUCACAACUGAAAGCACAGAAAGUUAGAGUUGAAAGCAACCUCCAGUGGCUUCAUUUGUAGGUGAGUCCAUUGAGGCCCGCAGACUGACAGAGCUGCUUGGAAUUCUGCAGCAAAAGGGAGAUAAGAACUUUGCACUUCUCCUUCCUAGGCCUGUCAACUGCUAUGCAGGAACUUCUGCAGGUUGGAUGAAUACCCUUUACUAGCUCAACUCUUGCUUUAAAGUGUGUCUGUGUGUCUGUGUAGCUUUCUAUACUGAUAUUCAUUUCAGUUAGCAUCUACCUCUCUUGGAAAUGAAAGGAAGGUUGAUAGGGGAUGAGUACAGAAGUUUAAAAGAAACCAUCUCAUUUGAAUUUUUAAAAUUGCAAGCCAUUUGUUUCCCUCCAUUUUUCCCUUUUGUGUAAAGGACAAGUGUUGUGUAAAUAGUAAUGUAAAAGAAGCAUGAGUUUUCACCUUUAUUAAUGAUCUUGACAUAAGCAAGAGAAUGCUUAAUAUGUUGGGUAGAGCCAAGUAGGCUAUCAAAAAGCAUUGUCUUUGGAACUUUUUUUUUUUUUUUUUUUUACUAUAACCUGGAGCAUAAGUUGUGAUGAAAAGGCAAAUCAUUUCUUAGUUCCAGUCAUACUUUAUGAUCAGAAAGCUUUAAGGUAUUUUCUUUAAAUGUAUAAUUAAAUUUAAUCUUGCUCACAACUGAGUAGUGGAUCCCUCGAAGGUUAAACCAAUGGGGAUGCAGCCCUUGGGAUCUUCUAGGUUAGCACUGCUCAGUAGAACUUUCUGUGAUGAUGGAAAUGUUAUGUAGCCCAUGCAGUCCAAUGCAGUAGCCACUAGCCACAUAGGUUAUAGGCAGUUGAAAUAGGGUUAGUUUCCUGAACUACUAGAUUUUGUGUUUUAGUAUUUAAGUUUAAGUUAUUUAAAUUUAGUAACUCAUUUGGUUAGUGGCUGAAUCAUUGGAUAGCACAAUUCUGGAUGGUUGUGCAGUGGUAUCUAGCAUCAGUGUUAAAAGUAACAGAGUAAGGUUAAGACAGUUUGUGGUUUAGUAGUGACAUGCAGUUGGCUAAAAAACAAACCUUUCUGGAUUUAAAAGUAUAUGAUCUCAAGUAUGAUAGUAAAAAUUCAUUGAUUGCCCUUUGGGGUUAUUACUUGGAUACUUUGAAUCAAGGCACGACCAGUGAAGCUUAAAGAGUGCUUUAUGAAGUCCCUUUUCUGGGAUUAUUUGCUGCAUGUGAAUUUAUUGUCCAAAAAUAGUAGUUGCACCGUAGCUGUAAAACAUUCGACUUGCAAGUUAUGCAUGACCUGUAACUGUGAAAAUGUGUUUAGGGUCUUAUGGCCAAAAAGUAAAUGUUAACUGGGGGGGAAAAAAAGCCUCAUGAAAUCUCUCUUCACUUCCAGCAUCUUACCCAGAUUUCACUGCUGCAUUAGUAAGGUGUGAGGUGUAAGAGCAAGCAUGUAUCACGUGCUUAUAAGACUGUUUUUGUUUGCCCUUGAAGUCUUCCAGCUUAUUAUUGUAUGUGGUGUGGGCAUUUGUGGGCAUCAUUUUUCAUUUGCCAGACUAAAACAUAGGUACUAUUUUUAGGGUCAGAUUUGUCGUUGUUUAAUCUUGCGUUUUAUUUUUGUUAUCAUGGAAAGAAUAGAAGAUUUGCAGCCUGGCACAAAGACACUUUUUUUUUUUUAACGUUAAAAAUAUUACCCAUGGAAGUGACUAAUAUUGCUUUUUCAGUGAGUAAGUGGAAGCAGAAAACUCAGUUUGAGAUUAUAUAUAUAUAUAUAUAUAUAUAUAUAUAUAUAUAUAUAUGUAUGUAUAUAUAUAUUAGACUCUUCCUGCCUAGUACAUUAUUCCACUCUAAAUUUUGAUUUAAAAAGUUCUCAUAGCUUUAUUUGAAAACCUAUGCUGUGUCAAAAAAAAUUGCUUAAUUUUUAAUUAUUUUUAAUUAUUUUUAGAAUAUAAUGUAAACCAAAUACAUUUGCUUCUAAUUAGCAGACUUGAAGCAGGGCCCCCUUGAUUGCCUCGCCCCACCCAAAAUAACUCAUCAAUGGGCAUUGACCAUUCUCUUUUUAGCUUGUUUUUGAAAGUUACUAAAAAUUAUUUUUGCCAAAAUGAUAGCUUUUCUUUAGACUUACAAGGAAGUUAGAGGUGCAAAAGUUGUUGGAGGAGUGAUAUGCAAAAGAUUUGAAUUUCUUCUCUGAGAAAAAUGCUGCUGCUAAUCCGUCAGCAUUUUGUUUUCACACCAGACGAGUCAUCAGUCAGUUGCUCUGUCAUCCUUGACCUAGAAGAAAGGAGCUGUUCCUUACCAUUUCCAUCAUUGUCAGUAAAAUAUCUCCCACAGAAUACUUACCAAAUCAAACUCCAACGAAGAGUGAGAUAGUCAAGGUAAUUCGGUAACUUUUAAAAAUAGUAGUCUACUUCAAAAGUGAUGAUGAUUAGUUGCUGAAUUUUGUUCAACAUGAAACACUUCUUAAAAGUGGAUAUUUAAGCCAUUGAUUUUUCUGACAAUUCAGAUAUAAGUAAUAGAUAUAUAUGUAGAUACACAAUUUAAUGGUAAUAAGAGUAAAAAUGUUGUUUGUCAUGUUUCCAAUUUGUGGGUUAUACAAUGUUGAAUUUAGAUGUCAAUAUCUUAGUAAAUCGUAUUGACGACUUACGUUACGUCAAACUAUCCACUUUUGUGAAUGUCUAUGUAACCAAAAUCUUGAGACUUUUCAAAUUUAGGAAGAGGUGGAUUCUGCAUACAUUUUAUUGGAAAUCUAUUGAUGAUUGAAGACCAUAAGCAGGUGGGGAAUUUAAUUUCUGUCUUCCAAAAAUACUUCUUUGGUUUUGCUCAAAUGGUCUUGGGUAGAGCACUAUUUUUCCUGAAAUCUUAGAAUGUGGCUCUGAUUUUUCUGCACAGGUUUCCUUGCUUAGUUGAGCCAAUGACAUUUAUUUUUUUAUUUUUUCAGGAUUCACUGCCUGGGAUAUCCCACUAUGUAUAUCUCACUUAUGGUGUAGUGGUGCUUGAAAACACUCAUCUCAUUAACUAGACUUUAUUAUUCUAGCUUAAGGUUUUUGAUACUAUUCAUACUAUGACCUUUUUUAGGGACAAUCAGUAAUAUUUGUGGUAAAGUACUGAGGGGUCUCUUGAAGUUUGCAACAGCAUGUACUCUAUUUGUUUUCUGGGAGUGUUUUCUAUAGCCGUUCCUGUUCUAGAGCACCACUCUGAACUCAUCACUUUGGGAUGUAGGGCUAGCAGCCCACGUGAAAGUCUUCUGUGACCUCCCUGGGGUGUGAGUUAUUGAGCUGUUCUACCAAGAGUUUUCCAAAGGUAUGCUCAGUUUUUAAUUUGACAUUUGCUUUUUGAGAAUCCAGAAGUAGAAGGUUUGAUAUGAUGGUGGUGAAGAAGCCUCGACUGUAAGAGGAAGGAAAUAGAUGAGGCAAAUGCCCCUUAAAGGGGACGGAGUUAACAUGUCAUCUCUGUUUACAUAGUGAGAGGGUGCAUUAGCUGGUAUUUUGCACUUGCUUCAGAUAAUUCCUAUUCAGGUUUUCCUACCUGAGGGGUAACGCUGAAGUAGAUCCUGUGUGGGGGAGAUGGAGAUGUGGCCUUGGGUCUAGAGCAAAAGGUGGACAGAUCUGACUAGCAUAAAGGGGAAGAAAACCUGUAAUGGGAUUAUAGCUCCAACACAAAUUGUGUAGGAGCUGGCGGUCAGUCAUGGCAGGUUUCAGCUGAAAGAAAUUGGGAAAUAAUUGCCAAGCACAAUUGGCCAUUCCAGUGUGAUCUCCCAAAUUCAAUUCAGGAUGUUUAAAUUGAACACGCAUUGUGAGCAUCCUGGACAACUUCAGAGCCUGCUCUAGAGUUGGUUGCUGAGUCAUAGACAAACACUAAUCACAUCUUAGCCAUGGAAUGCAAUGCCUAUACCUAUGGAUGUAUCCUGACUUGAACAGGUUGAUACUAUUGGAAAGACUCUUUCGAGAAUAUUCGGUUUCUAUCUGGUUGUUGUCAUUUAUUAUAUUUUUUCUUCCAUCACUUGUUCCUGUUUGCCCCACUUGACAAAUGCAUGUGGGAGGCUGGUUUCAGCAUGGGGUGGUUAAGAACUCCCUACAUAAGCCAUGCAGCUGCUCCACGGGGUUCCUGCCAUUAUGGUUCCACUGGUGGGUUCUCGGGCUUCUGGAUAACUAAUACUCCAGUCAAAUGGCUAGAUUAAUGCUGAGUAGAGGCUGUUCACUCAAGUCCUUGACAUGUUUCAUUUAAAAUUAUGUGUGUUAUUUAUUUUAGGAGCUUUUCUUUUAAAGGGCUGAAUCGCCCUACAGAUAAAUGAGCUGCUGGGCUGUGUGGGAAAUAUUGUCCAAAUGUUGCCAAAUAUUGACUUCAUAAGGGGGAUAUCAAGCUGCUGUUUAUAAAUCUGAAUGUCUUGAAAGCAUUCUUGCUUGCUCUCUGUUGUAGAUGGUGUGUUAGCAAGUCCUGCGUUUUUCCAACGAACCCAAUUUUAAUAUAUGGUAUUUUUGUAUGCCAAACUGGUGUCUUGUCCUUUGUAUAUGUGGUAAUGUUGAUUUUAUGACUACUGUUAAAACACAUUUGCUAUGAUUAAAAUUCAUAAAAUGAUUUCAAA